CCCAUUCUGGCCAUACCUGAGCCAGGCGUGGAGUCGCUAUCCUUAUUGAACAGAUGGGAGCGAAUUAAAAUCCUCCAUCAUGAUUUCAGCCGCCGAUGGAAGGAAGACUACAUAAAGGACCUUCACAAGAGAUACCGGUGGAAAACUCAAGAAAAGGCACCAAAGCUCGGAGACUGCGUCCUUAUACAAGAUGAUUGUCUCCCUCCUACGGAAUGGAGACUCGGCCGCAUAAAACAACUUCAUUACGGUUCCGACGGUCACGUUCGAGUAGUUGAUCUCCGCACUCAAACCGGAACGCUAACCAGACCGCUCGUCAAAUUAUGCUUUCUACCAACCGCCGAAGAUAAAGAAACGUAAAACCGAAACCGCAAUGUUAAUAAAUCAAUAAAUCGAUAAAACAUAUAAACCGCUUACCAAAUCGAAACCUCGAAUAACAUAAAUGACACAAAACCUUAACAUAAAUGUCUGAUAAAAAAAAUGACAUCCUAUUUAUGCCACAUAUCGUGGCACAAAAGUCCAUAUUAUUGUAAAUUUCACAAUACAUUUCUAAUAUCAUCAUUUCUCUCACAGAGUAAUAUGGACGUGGAUAUGGCAUCAUCGUCAACGCCAACCAUGCGUUCGGCAGUUUCCGCCCCUCGCUCUGAAGCUGGGCCAAUAGCAGCACCCCGGACCAACACUGCACCGGCAGCGCCUCGAACUACGACAGGCUCCACCGCGACAACGGCUCCGCGUCAAAGCACGCCAGCAGUACCAGCGGAUCUGCAACCAAUUCGUUGUCCACUAUGCCGCCGCCCUCAUCGGCUAUCGCACUGCGGUAUAUUCAAAGGCAUGCCGCCGAUGCAACGCCAGCAGGUGGCACAGGCGCACGGGUAUUGCCUGAAUUGUCUGGCAACUUCCCACGCAACUCAAGAGUGCCCAUCACAGAAUCGUUGCCAAAUCUGUGUGCGGGCUCAUCAUACGCUGUUGCACCGCGCUACCAGACGCGACUCCGGGCGACCACCGGCUCCUCGCACCAGCGGUAAUGUCAGGCGUUCUCAAAGAACUCCUGUGACGGCUUACCGCCGGCGUGGACACGCUCAAGUAGAAUCUCGUCCCUGGCGCCAAAACCGGACAACAUCAACACGGCGCCAUCCGCUUAGGCCGCAGUCCCGACGGUCAACAGGCCUCAGCAGCGUUGUAGCUACGCUACAGCAGCUACAGCGGCUUCUAGGCUAA